GGAGCGGACGCGGCGCCGCCGCCGCGCAGAGCAGCAGCGGCAGCGGCAGCGGCCCGGCCCGGCCCGAGCCCCGAGCCCGGCCCGCAGCGGCGGCGGAGCGGCGGCGGGAGGCGGCCCGGGGGCGGCGUUCCUGUGGGGAGCCUGGAAGAACUUUCAGUAGAGCUGCUAACACUGAUGAGAGAUCUUUUAUGCCAAGGUCGUGGCUCUCUGAACACACCGCACCAUGCGUGAGUACAAGCUGGUGGUGCUCGGUUCAGGAGGCGUGGGCAAGUCUGCUCUGACUGUACAGUUCGUUCAGGGAAUUUUUGUGGAAAAAUAUGACCCAACAAUAGAAGAUUCAUACAGAAAGCAAGUGGAAGUAGACUGUCAGCAGUGUAUGCUGGAGAUCCUCGACACAGCAGGGACAGAGCAAUUCACAGCCAUGAGGGAUCUGUACAUGAAGAACGGGCAGGGGUUUGCACUAGUAUAUUCUAUAACAGCACAGUCCACGUUUAACGACCUGCAGGACCUGCGGGAACAGAUCCUACGGGUCAAGGACACUGAAGAUGUUCCCAUGAUUCUGGUUGGCAAUAAAUGCGACCUGGAGGAAGAGCGAGUCGUGGGCAAGGAGCAGGGGCAGAACUUAGCACGCCAGUGGUGUAACUGUGCCUUUCUAGAAUCGUCUGCAAAGUCGAAAAUCAACGUAAACGAGAUCUUUUAUGACCUGGUCAGACAGAUAAAUAGAAAAACACCAGUGGAAAAGAAGAAGCCUAAGAAGAAAUCCUGUCUGCUGCUUUAGAGUCCCAUCAUGCAGCAGCUCUGAGCCAGAUUGCAGGAAUGAAGAACUGUUGCCUACAUGGAAAGUGCCAGCAUUCCCAACUUCCAAACCUUCUGGAAAUGAGUCACAUAUCGGAAGAAGCUUCUCCUGUUUUUUAUAUACUGCGGGAAGAAUUGAGAUCUUAAAACUGGUUUGCACACGGUCCCUGGAAAAAGCAGUCGCUCUGUGUAUAUCUCUUGGAAAUUUAAGCCAAUAUUCCUCCUCCUUUGCAAUAGCAAUUAACAGAUGUGAAAAUAAAUAUAAUUGACUCUAGCAUAUGAUUAUCCCAAGGAGCAUGGAUGCAUUUCAGAUGUUAGAGAUUGCUACUAUAAUUAAAAUUCAUAUUGACCAUUUUAUCAUAAUUUCUCCCCAUUGAGCACUAAAAAUGUUCCACCGUUAUAUUUUAUAUCUAUAACUAUAGAUAUAUAUUAUCCAAAAUUUCCCUUUGAACUCACUGCAACAAAUAACUUUUUGAGUCAUUGACUUCAUUUUAUAUUUAAAAGUUACGGAAUAUCAUUAUUUUCAUUCUGCCAUUGUAUUCUAAUUAAAAAUGUUUGUGCAUAAUGCUUUGGAAAAAUGGGUCUUUUAUAGGAAAAAAACUGGGAUAACUGAUUUCUAUGGCUUUAAAAGCAAAAAUAUAUAAUAUACUAAACCAACUCUAAUAUUGCUUCUUGUGUUUUACUGUCACAGAUUAAAUUACAGCUUUUAUGAAUGAUUAAAUUUUAGUACAUUUUCA